UCCAGAAGAAUACUUUUGUGCAAAUUUCUUUUUCUGAGUUCUUCAGGUUCAAAGGACUCAACUGGCAGGACAAAGUCAGGAAAUGGGCGUUCUCUCGUUCAGAAAACUUCAUUUCCCCUCAUUUCUCUUCCUGUUUUCUGCUGCUCACAUACAUCCAGGCUCCAGGCAUACCCACAGCAACACAGACCCCAAAGCUGAGUUCUUUGAGGAGGAGGGAGAAGGCUGUAUAUUUUGGUAAAGCCACAGUGCCUGGAUCGGCCAAGGAAAUGGCCAGGAAAGAACUUCCAACCAUCAUGGAGGACACAAUGGAGAUCCCAGCUCUUGAUCGACUCUUACGUCUUGAUCCUAUCAUCCCUGACCCAAGGGAGCCAGAACUCCGAAUUGUCCUUGUGGGGAAAACAGGGUCUGGGAAAAGUGCAACAGGAAACACUCUCCUGGGCAGAAGAGAGUUUGAGUCCAAGUGUUCAGGAGAGUCAGUCACCAAGAUCUGCAAGAAAGCCAGAACCACAUGGAAUAGAAGGGACAUUUGUGUUAUUGAUACUCCAGGCAUUUUUGACACUGAUACCAAGGAGGAAAAAAACCUGAAUGAAAUUGCUCAUUUCAUGACACUGUCCUCUCCAGGACCACAUGCUCUACUCCUGGUGUUGCAAGUGGGCCGUUUCACCCAGGAGGAAAAGGAAGCUAUUGAACGCCUUUACAAAAUUCUAGGACCUGAAGCAGUGAAGUUUUUGAUCAUUGUAUUCACUGGAAAAGACAAACUAGGAGAAGAAAGCCUAGAGGAUUACUUAGGAACCAUUCAUAACUCUUAUUUCAAGGAGUUGUUGGAGAAGUGUGCCCAUCGAUGCUGUGCAUUUGACAAUAAUGCUAGUGGAGCCCAGAGAGAUGCCCAGAUUUCAGAGCUGAUGGCCAUGGUUGAAAACAUGGUGCAAGAUAAUGGGGGCAGCCACUACAGCAACAGUAUAUAUGAAUCUGUGGAAGCACUCCUGCAGAAAGAGACAGAAGCUCUUCAGCAACGCUACAAGGAGCAGUUUGAGAGGGAAAGAGAAGAAAUGAGAUGGAAUUAUGAAAAUCAAAUACGAGAGUUGAAGAAGCAAAAGCAAAAAUGGGAAAUAGAAAAGAAAAUGGAAGAAUUUGAAAAGAAAAUGCAAAAUCUUGAGGAUGAGAUAAAUCAAGAGUUUGAAGGGUUAAACUGGAGGUACCAGAAAAAUUAUCACUUUGCCCGAAAUGAGACUGAGAAUGAUAACAGUAUAUAUUUGGAAAUUUUCAAGAUUAUUUUGUCCUUUGUGUUUAAUUUGCUCUAAUUUUUCAUUGGAAAGUCUUUUGACGGUCAGAAUAAUUUCAUGUCUAGUUUCUACUAUAUGUGCUGUCAGUUCAAAGUGAAGUUAGGUAAUGGAGAUCCUGUGGUUAAUAAAUGAUUUAGACAACAGUUGAA